AUGUGCGCAAAGACUCUAAAUCUUAAGAGCCGCAUGCCCGCGAGCGCAACGGCAGGCCCGGCGAAUCGCAACGGGCUGGACCGUAUGGCGACGAAGAAGCGGCUUUCUUACUUGAACCCGGCCACUCUGCAGGGUUCAGUGGAGGAGCUCUCAUUCCUCUCCUCUCUUUCGAUGGCUACUCGCAGUCCCUCUGAGCCAGGACUCGACAAGUCCAAGACGCGCUCAAACCUCUCACAGCUCGUCACCGUGGACCGAAUCGUCGAAAAGAAAAAGUCGGAGCCAGCCCUCGUCUCUCUGUCCGGCGACGAACAUGUCAUGGAUGCACAGGAACAAUCAACUCCAGUCUACAAGCUGUAUAGAAGGAGAUGGUUAGGCCUCAUCAGCAUGGUGGUGCUCAACGUCGUCGCGGCCAUGAACUGGAUUUGGUUCAGCGCAAUUGCCACGUCCACUGCCGGGGCGUUUGACAUUUCGCUCUCCCAAGUCAACUGGUUAGGUCAAGUGGUCAACCUCAUCUAUCUGCCAAUGGCUCUAUCAAUCCCAAGCCUUAUCAAGAUCUUUGGAAUCCGCAACACGUGCUUUGGUGCCGCAGUUUCACUCCUGCUCGCCUCAUGGAUGCGGUACGCCGGGGCAUCCAAAGCACUCUCAAGCGAGGGGUCAUAUGCCUUCCUUAUCGUUGGUCAGAUCUUCGCCGGCUUCGCACAACCUGUGUUCCAAGUUCUUGGUCCCAAAUUUUCCGAAACAUGGUUUGAUCUCAAGUCCCGGACAACUGCGACAAUGAUCAUUGCCGUUUCGAACCCCAUUGGCAGCGCAUUAGGCCAAUUGAUCCCGCCAUUCAUUUCCACUCCAAGAGCUUCUCUACUCGUUCUUGCCGUCACCACAACUGCAGCUAUUGGUACAGUGGCAUUCAUCCAAGAGGCACCGCCUACCCCACCCAGUACGAGCCCCAUAUGCCGGUUCCGACCAUCCCCACCAAUAAUGGACACUAUAUCCGCAUUCCUCGGCCGCCACCAGUCGAGUGACCCCGAGGCACCUUCGUUUACGAAGACGGAAAGAAUUGACUUUUUGAUUCUCGUUAUGGGCUUUGGCACUGUGGUCGGAGCUAUAAGUGGGUUCUCCAUAUUGACAAACCAAAUUGUUUCUAAUUUUGCUUUGGCACCUGUCGGGUAUUCCGAAGAGACUGCCGGAUUCGUUGGAGCUGCACUGCUCUUAAUGGGAUUGCUCGCCGGCAUUAUUACAUCGCCACUCUUCGACAGAGUCCUCACGCAUCAUCUGGCGCGUAGUCUGCACAUCCUACUACCACCGUUGGCAGCCUGCUGGAUUGGACUCAUUUUUGCCAUUCAACCCAACAACCCGGUCCCAAUUUAUGUUGUCGCAGGCCUUAUUGGCGUACUGGGCUUCAUCCUGCUCCCUGUCUCUCUCGAGCUUGGGUGCGAGGUUACGCGCAACGCCGAGGUCAGUUCGAGCAUCAUGUGGAUGAGUGGCAACCUCUGGACUCUGGUCUUCGUUCUCGCCGCAGACUCGUUGCGAGAUCGGGCAGAGCCACACGGUUUGCGCAAGGAACUCAUUCUCAUCGCGACAGUUGUUUCUGUUGCGACCUCGUUCAUCUUUUUCCUCAAAGGACACCAGACGCGACGACAAAUUGACAUGGAGAAGAGCAGAGAAGCAAACAAUAUCAUAUCGCUAUGA